AUGUUAAACUGUCUCGUGUAUCCGUUUAGCCCGAAAACUCCUUCUUCGACAAAGACCCCGCGCAGUGCGAAGACACCAAGACGACCUACAGGCAACAAGGAUCCUGUCGAGGUAAGGAAGGAGACUUUUCAUCUAAAGAUCGUAUACGUUUCGGUAAUUUGUUCGACAGCAUGAAGGAUCUUUGUGAAUCUACGGAAGGUAUAGUACGUCUGACGCACGAUGCGCCGGCAAAAUAGUUGUUGGGUUUACAUGUAUCCCUUGUUCAAAUUGCUAGUGCGGCACUGAAAACGAGAAGUGUGGCGUAAAUUGUGAUCCGUUUAAGAUAUUCACGUAACAAAACAGGGUACAUGUUCCAGAAUUGUGUCAAAGAAACACAAUCGGAAGUAAGUGUCAUAGCUAGCUAAAGCAACAAUGCCUCCACGACCUGCUGAAUUCGAAAAGUAAAUAUGCAAGUCCGCAAGCCUCUUUUGCGAUGGUACUACAAUCUUGCAGGGUAAUAUAAGACGCAGAUGCGAGAUGAAUGUUAUCCAAAUCCUUCGUUAUCUCUAGGUGUAUUGCCGAAUCAGACCUCUCGGCAAUAAUGAAGAAGAAUCUUGCGUUCACAUUAUUAGCGAUACUGUGUUACAGCUAACAGCGCCAAAGGUAAGCACAAUGACGUGUGUACCAUGAACAGCUUGUAUGAAUAGAGCAUCUUGAUCCAAAGCCUGAAGUUUUUGCAGCAUUAGACAUGUAGACUAGCUAUGCGAGACGGUUCAAAAAAUAAGAAAAGGAAAAAAAAAACGGUAUUUUGUGUAUCUGUGCUUUUUGGAAGGUUUGGUAUUCUGCUUUUACUCAGCAAUUUUCCUGUUUUGGUAUGAAGUUGGGGUAAACAUUUCAACAGAGUGAUUGAAACAUAUAGCAACUUUAAAAUGGUUUAAAUCUUUGAAUAAGUGUCUCUCCUCAAUAAAGCUCCCCUUUUGAGUACUGAUGUGUGCAGAUUUUCCUGUUUCACUGUGAAGCUCAUAUGGGAAAAAAUAACUGAUUGGUUACACAGCUUCCUUUCAGAUGUUGGAUUGACCAUAUUGUUACCACUGGGUUACAUCUAGAUAAUAUUCUGAUGAAAUUCUCUUCCAGAAUUCUGCAGGAUACAAGUCUGGCCACCGAAUAGAGGUAAGUAAGAAAAUCUCAAUUUAAUAGCAUCACAUGUGAAAAAUGCAUGUAGAUAUUAUAGUGGAAAUGCAAUGGAUCAGAACCACUUUGUCACUCCUGAACAGUUCAACUGAUCAGUACACUGUAUAAGUAACUUAGCUAAGAUGUCUCACAAUCUCUUAACAGAGUUCAUAUGAAAGUGUUUAUUAUCAUUCUAAACCCAGACACAACAUACAUUCAAAAAGAUUUAUGAUGAGAAGACAUCCCAGAAGGUGCUUUAUGAUAAUGUGGCCAUGCCCUUGGUUGAUGAUUUGAUUCAUGGUAAAAAUGGUAAGUAUUAGAUUUACACUUUGUGUGCAUUCAAAGGCAAACGAGUUGACUUUCACUGCUACUAAUUUUCUUAGAUUGAGAAACCUCUGUAUAUUCUGGACAACAAAAUCAACCAGCUAGAGUUUUAUUUAGCAUUUUUAAAAACUCUGAAAUACAUGAAUGGGAAUCAUAGAUUUAGCUGGUGGGAAAAUUCAGAACAAUGUUUCAUCAUCCAAGUUGAGGCUGUAUGCCAAAAUUGAGUCAGUCUUAAGUGAUUGCAGAAAAUGACCAAAAUCUCAAAGGAAAUGUGUAAUAUGUUAUACCCCUCAGUUCGAGUUGUUGCAUGUUUCUCUGUGUCCAAAUAGAGACAUGUUUAUAUACCUCACUGUGAGUGAUUAUGGUGAUAUUAAAACACCUUUUGGAAGCUUAACACAUGGCUUACAGUACCCCUCAAAAGCAAGUCCCUCAAGACUUGAUCCUCACUUUUUUUGAUCCUCAGUUUUUCAAAAACUUUGAGGAUUGAAUCACGUUUUGAGAUGUUCAAGUCAAGUUUCAAGAGGCUUGAAACAAAGAAAGAGAGGAAGUUUGAAUAAUUUUAAUUACUCAGUUGACUUGGUUUAAGAGACCUGUUGAAACUCUUGCAGUUACCAGUUCCUGAUGGCACUGUCUUUGUGCUUCCUUCUAAUCACAGGUUUGAUAUUUGCUUAUGGUAUCACUGGGUCUGGUAAGACACACACCAUGACCGGAAUGCCCAGUGACAGUGGCUUGCUUCCAAGGUGUUUAGAUGUCAUCUUUAACUCUAUUGGAGAAUUGCAGGCUCCUAAAUAUGUAAGUUAUAAGUGGUUUUCCAUGACAAGUAGGAUAUAUUUAUUGUAAGUUGCCUAAUUGAUUUAGAAACAGUAUUCUAGUUUACAUGUACUUGUUUUAUUGUCUUACAGUAACACUAAUUUAGCGUGUUUCAUUUCCAUUUGCUGUAAGUUUACCAGUAGAGCAGUAUAUCCUUUUGCUUUAAUUUUAUGUACAAUUUAAAAUCAAUCAGAAGAUGUUACUGUAUUUAUAUGAUUGUAUGAUUUGAAAAUAUUUUAGCUGAUUUUUUUAAACUGUGAAUAGUAUGGUCUAUGACCAUGUUAAAAAUAUAUUUAUGUAACCAGGAACUCUGUUGCUUUUUAUCUACUACAUGUACAUUUAGAUACAAUUAUGAUGAUAGUGACUAAAUUAUUUUUUCAGGUGACACUGGUUAUUUUCUCUUCUGCUGCAUUUACAUCAGGUAGAGAUAACAUUUCAAUAACAGUCACCAAAAUAUAACUUUCGCUGGGUAUUCUUCUCCUUUUAGGUCUUUAAACCAGACAAAUCCAAUGGCAUUGAAAUACAAACAGAACUUGAGGCAAAAUUUGAAAAAGAAAAACGCGUAAAAGAAGCUGCUCUCCAGGCGACUCAAGGAGGUAGAAACAGGUAGAGGGAACAGCAUUCUUUUGGAUUGAUUAAUAUGAGUACAUAUCAGUUUGGUCUGAUGCCAAUAACUUCUCAAUUGCAUGCACAAACCUUAUGAUGAGAGCCCAUUUGGAUUAAACUUUGACUAUUUUAACCAGAGUGACUGAGUCUCCUAUAGUACAGUGGUAGGGUAAAAAAAGUAGGCAGUCAUCAGAGGAUCAAGGGUUCAACUCUUGUUAGGAAUAGGGCCACAAUGAUUCGAUUGUUUAAGCCACACAGACUCUUUUUGUUUCUAUCUAGUUCAGUUUAUAUACAACUUAUUCUAAAACUGGAAGGAAGACCUAAAAAAAAAUCUACACAUUGAAUAGCAAACCUUUGAUAAAUUUCUUUCUUAGAAGAAAGCAGUAUGAAUCAGAAUUCCUGAUCUUAAAAAGAUACAGCAGCUUUAAGAUAAUACAAGUCAGCAGCUGACAUAAUUUUACUUUACUUAUUGGUACUCCCUUCUUGUACAUGUACAUUAAUUUUCUUUUUUUUCUGUGAUUUUUAAUGAUAUUUAUCCAGGAAUGCUGAUAAUGACUUUGCUGAUCUCAUAAGAGUAGCUGAGACAGGAGUCAUUUCUGGAGUGAGUGAGAUUUAUUUAUUUCAGUUUUAACACAGCACAAUAAUGACAAUUAUUUUUUUUCUUACUUUCCUCUUAAAGUGCAUGUGAGCAAGGAGUGCAAUAAGUGUAAUAGUGCCAGUUACUAUUAUGGUUGAUACUUAUCUCAUGUCCAAGGAAUCAAGUCCAUGGGUCAAGUUGUUGAUAGCACCAAUUGAGCUAAUUCAGGUUUAAAGUAGCAGUUAUAGUAACAGUCAGUUUAUAUAUAGUUCUUGUAAGCAACUAACCUGGUCCAUGAAUAAAGGGGGCAAGUUUCUGAAGAAACUGUGGUACUGCAUCAAUAGGAGAGUAUAACAGGGUAAUUAAGCAUAAUCAACUGAGUUGAUAACAUAAAUUGGCCACCAUAAGGAAUUUUAUGGCUGAUGUUUCGGGGGUUAGCACUACGUCAGUCAAUGUUCCAUCUUAAGUUUAAAGAAGUGCAAUCUAAGUGGUAUAGACUAUACAGACAUUUACAACCUGCUUCAAAGAUUAUAUAUUACAACUUAUUUGCAGGUGGAUGAGGAUAACAGCUAUGCAGUGUUUGUGUCAUACUUUGAAAUAUACAACAACUACAUUUAUGAUCUGCUUGAUGAGACUCCUGUGGAUCCCAUUUGUCCAAAGUAAGUUGACCUCACACACUGGUAUUGAAACAGCUAGGAUUUAUGCAUUGCCAUCUUGUGCAUAUACAACCAUUGUUUUGUUGUGGUUGCCUUUCAUUCCUAGUGUUUUAAAGAUUUGUUAUCCUGCUUGCACAAACAAUUUACACACAAUAUUACUGUGUUAGGUUGUAACCUAUAUAUCAUAACAUAACAUAGCAUUUAAGUAUUGAUUAAUUGUGCCCUUUGAUUUUACAGACCACCAGUUUCAAAAAAUCUUAGAGAAGACAUGAAUCGUAACAUGUAUGUCAGUGGUGUCACAGAAAUUGAAGUCAAAAGCACAGAAGAGGCUUACAGCAUAUUCUGGAAAGGUGAGUAACCAGUACUUUUAGAGACAUCUCAGGGAAAGAUUUUCUAUUAAUUUCAAUUAAAACAAUUCUGUAUUUCAGAGGUAGUAAGCUUCCAUUUUUGUGACUGUAAACUUGUAUACAAGUGCAUAUCUACAUCUGUCUUGCAUGUAAAAUUAUUAAAAAUUUACUUUCUAUGGAACCUCCUAGGCCAAAAGAAAAGGCGUGUCGCCAACACAGUACUGAAUCGUGAGUCCAGUAGGAGCCACAGUGUGUUUGCCAUCAAACUUGUACAAGCACCAUUAGAUCCUGACGGUGAAGAGGUCUUGCAGGUAAAAUAUUGGUUUAGUUGAUUUUUAAAUUCACUUCACCUAGAUUCCUACAGAAAAACAGUGAAGAACAUUCUUAAGCAUUCAAAUGGUUGACCAUGUUUUAAACAUAUCUCCUGAGCAGGACAAAAAUCAGAUUGCUGUAGCCACAUUAUCACUGUGUGAUCUAGCAGGGUCUGAGAGGACAAAUAGGACCAGAGCUGGUGGAGACAGACUGCGAGAAGCAGGUAAAUUCCACCUUGAUACAGGGUUGUAAACUUUUUCACAGCUGGCUCAAGAUAUGGGAUACAUUCAUGUACUUUUUAUUGCAGUCCAUUAACCCAAAUCUUUAUGACAACUCUGAGUAUUUCAUCAACUUGAGCCAAAUAUUUUCCUGUUUGCCACAACCUCUCAGUUUGAGUUUUUAUAGAGUUUUUCAGGGAAUUCUCAGGAAUACUUUAGUUUUUUUUAUGUGUGUACCAGGGUUGCUAGCUCAUAAUAUUAAAAUCUGGUCAAGGUACUGGCAAAGUCCCUAGAGUUGCCACACUUAAAGUCUAUGUGAAAUAACUAACACACAUUUUUGUAUAUUAUAUUGUCUCCCACUUGAUUUCACCUUUUAGUAUAUAAUGAAUCAGUUCUUUGUCAAGUAUGUCAAAAGGGUGAAGAACUUUCCACAAAUCACAUUUGUUACCCUAGCAAACGGUAACAGCAGGGCAAAAGGAAACAUAAAAACCUCUCUUAAUCUUGUCAUGUUGCUACCAUACCAUUCCUUUUUAAGUUUUGCAAGACGAAGGUGAACAAUCAUAAUUGUGUGAAUUUAUCUAAGGAUGAAUCUCUCGCUCACUCUCAUUAGGUAACAUCAAUGCAUCCCUGAUGACAUUAAGAACUUGUAUGGAGGUUCUAAGAGAGAACCAAGCAAAUGCUGAGAAUGGUGUUUCUCCAAAGGUAGUUUGCUUUCAUAAUAUUUACAAUACUGGUAAAUGAGUUAUAUGUACACUUUAGAGGGUACACACUCCUUGGUGCUGUGUGCACUGAUUAUUUGUUACAAAUUUUUUGAUUUCUUCAGAUUGUCCCCUAUAGAGACACAAAGUUGACUCAUCUGUUUAAGAAUUUCUUUGACGGAGAAGGAAAGGUAAGAAAAAAGCCAUACCUAUUGCUUCUCAAGGGAAAGUUUGUCAUAAGGAGAAACCAACAUUCCUUUAAUAAUUUAUUUAUGAUAAUAAUUUAAUAAUUAUAUAGUGCAAUAUACAUAUGGAUAUAAUCUAAUGGGCUUUAAACAACUGAAAUAAAAUAGGUAAAUCUAACAAUUAAAAACUGAACAAAUUGGUAUCUGCAGAUCUCACCAUCAUGGAAAUUACUAUGUCAAGAUUCCUUUGCUAUUCAGCAGUUUCCACCUUAAUUUUUCUGGCAGUAAAUGUGAUGUGAUCUGCUGCCAGAAAUAACCAUUCUAGAAGCACACAAUUUGUUAAUGGAGGAGUUUGACAAAAACAAAAUAUCCUUCACAUAUUUAUCCUGUUAAACCAAUCUUGAAGACCUUGUUUUAUAAUUACAUCUUUGUGAAUAUUGAUCUCCAAUUUACUAUCUUUUUGGAUUGAUGAUGUUUGCUUCUCUCCAGGUGCGCAUGGUGGUCUGUUUAAACCCCAAUGCUGAUGAUUAUGAUGAGAGUGUGGUAAGAGGCCCAAAAACAAUUUUUGUACAGCUUGUACAGUCACAGUUUUAUGUUUUGGACUUUGGAACAGAUUAAAUUUACUUAUCUCUUUUAAUGGAGUGUCUUUUUGUAUCACUUCAGCAUGUCAUGAAAUUUGCAGAAGUUACACAAGAUGUUGUUAUAGCCAGACCAGAGUCAGUCAGGUAAAAUUGCUGUAGUUCAAAUACUGUGCUUCUCAAAUGACGAACCUGUUUUAAAUUAAAAUUUGACUAUUGAAGCAAGAAAAGUCUCAAAUAGCAAGUGUACCUAUAGAUUAAAACUAAAACAAUUAGAGUGAUUGCUCAAAGAUCUCAUUUUGAACUUUCACUUUGACUUGCAAAAGGUAUGGAGUAGGCCAAACUAAUUCAAACUCCACUCUUUUUUAACCUUUACCUUAUUCUUUAGUUUGGUUUAGCAAGAGACAGAGUGGCUCAGCAUUCAACUGAACCUUGAAUGUUGUAUCCACAGGCUAAAUUAUUUGUUUAUCUGUGUUCACAACAAUUACAAGAACUUCCAUUGUACUGUUCUAUUUCUUGCUUGUUUAGAUUUGACACUGGACUAACUCCAGGAAGAAGAAGAGGUAUGUUUCAGUUGACAAUUUUACACAAUCUAUGUACAUGUACAUGUACAUGUAUCAUUGAUCCUUCCUUCCUUCUCAUUUGCCUUUCAAUGCUUUUUAAAAAAUAUUUAUUGAUUUGUAUCAGGGAUGUUUCCCUGCUGAUUUUUCCUCUUCUAAUCUUUUAGCAAAUCAAAUGUACAAGGAAGUUCUAGCAAAGGUUGAAGAAAGUAAUGGUAUGUACACCUAAAUACUUUGUCUAAUUUUAAAACAUUUUUUCUAUUGAAGCAGAAAUAAAGGAAGUAAUUCUUGAUAGGAGACAAAGCUGACUUCAACUUAUCUGUAUAUUUAUCUACCUUUUCAUCGAAGAAUCAUGCAAAGUCAUCUGUGGACUGGUAUAUUAAAUUUACAGGUGACGGUGAAACUGUGAUUGUAGCCAAGCCAGUUCAUACCAUGGGACCACCAUUCCCUCUAUUUGAGGUAAGUUGUACUGUUUUGGACUGUUUUUAAAUGCAGGUAUUGUAAGUAGUGAAGUGAAUUUAUGAUGAGGCUCCAUGUACAAUGAUGAAGAUGUGAUUUUCCAUUUGGUUUCUUUAGCUGUUGUUGUUGUUGUUGUUGUGUUUUUUUUAUUAGUUGAAUUCUCCAGAAGAUAGCACAACACUGGUAAAUUUGAUGCACUACCUUCAAGAUAGACAAAGACGGCGACAAACCCUUAUUGAUGAUUUGUCAAGAAAAGGUAUUGUCUAUAGAAUUUGUUGCAUGUGAUGCAAAUGUUGACUCAAACACUGGAAAUUGAGAUACUAGUAUUUCUAUUUAAAUUAACAAUCCACCAGUUUUGGCUUUUGAGUCUUUUCAUACCUCUUGAGCCCGUGUUUCAAUUUUAGUGAACAAUUUCCAAGUUAAGUCAGGUAUGGCUAGAUUGUUUUGGUUUUUUGGUAUUUCCCACUUAAAUCCGUGAGGAAAACAUCACCAUAAAUUAAAAAGAAAAUUAAAGAUAUGAGGAAUUUUUUUUAUUGUACAAUAAUGUUCUAGGACCUUACUGUUACCUUAAUUUUAUGUCACAGAGGGAGUUUUCAGGGCUCAUCUAUUGGCAUUGGAAAAAGAAAACAGUCAAGCAAAUGGAGUAAGUUAGAACAGCCAGGUGCUGUCAGAGUCAUUUUCAUUGUUUCAAAUGUCUUGUUUUGUCUUGAGUAUCAAAUAUCUCUAAUUGCAAUAUUUUUCUGGGUAUUUGUUAGAUUGUAGCAAGCCUUAAAGCAACAAUUGAGGAGAAAGACAGGUAUGAUUUGCUAAUCUUCAUUUCAAACUAUAUCAUUUCCUUUAUAGAAGUAUUUUCCAUGUCCUUCACCUGUAAAGUGAACUUGAAAAUAUAAAUAAAAUGUUUAGAAAAUAACGCGGUGACCCUCUUUCCAGAGAUAUUCAGAAACUUGAAAGAAGGCUGAAGGCGCUAACACAAAAGGUACAAUAACUUUUGUUGUUCUUCUUCUCCGUUUUUUCUUCUAUUAUUAUUAUUAUUUUAUUAUUGGUGUUUUUAUCAUGUGACCGGUAACGAUCAGUGUGUCAUUAGAGGAAGCAAGAAAAUGACGAUCUUUCUGAAUAAUUCUCUCUUUAAGAACGAGAUGCUUCAGAAGACGGCAGAGAUGUACGAACAAGACAAGAAAGAACUACGAUAUGAGGUACGUAAUUUUAUAUUUUAUUGCGAGAACCACAUGACGAACGUCAAAACUGGCCCUUUCCAUUUUCCUAUCAGUCAGUGGAAAAGAAGUAAACACUGAGGACUGACGGAGCUGGUUCUGGUCUUUUUUCUGUCUUUUGAGCCAAUCAGUUUUAAGACUUCUCGGUACCGGAAUUAUCCGCAUAAUAUGAGAGAAUUUUAGAGCCAAUUCAGAGGUUUCCAGAAAAGCUGUUUACCGGUGGUCCACAACCGCCGUCUGUUAAGCCUGCGAUCAGGCUUUCGUGUUUUUGUUUCGCCUGACUGAAACCCUCGCUCAUCAUUGGAAACAUAAGUGCAAAGUAUUUCCCAAUACUUUUUGAGGAAGCGCAACUCGAACCCGCUUGGCUGCUUAGGGUGGAGUUUUUGUGCUCCAUUUGCACCGGCCAGUAUCAGUUCUUCCGGUUUUUUUCUUCAAACCUGGAAAAAUGGAAGGUACUCCAUAAUAUCUAUAUCAGAUCCUGAAUCCUCUUUGGAAGCCACACUUUCUUGAAGUUGAGGUUUAAGAAAUCCUUAGAGGAAAUCUGACGCAGUAGUUUUGUUCAUCUUAAACAGAUGAAAGUAUGGAAAACAUUUUUCAGCUUUGCGAGAUUUGCUCCGGUAAUUAGCAUAAAUAAGACAGGGAAAACUACGGCAAGGGACUGCGCAUACCGGAGACGUAGACAUAAGUUCGUCAGUGAACAUCUAACGACAGUUUUGUUGGUGUGUAUUGACGAUAACGUGAACAUCUUUCUUAGCUGGAUGAUCAGAAGAAAAGAGCAGACAAAGAGAAGACCGACAAACUUAAAAUGCGCCAGGUAAGAAUUGUCAGUUGACAAGUAACAUCUGAUGCUUUCAACUUGAAAGAUUGGAAUAAUAAAAUUGAACUUUGAGUUGUUCGUUUGCAAGACUCACCGAUUGAUGGAUGGGACAUAAUAUGCAAGAGUUACUUUUGGCCAGUGAUCGGUUGUAUCGGUAGGUCAGCGCACAGGGUGGCCCAUUCAGACAGUAAUUGCAGUUUCUCAACAUGCUGAGGAGACAGGCAAAAUAAUUGCUUCCUAUCAGCCAUGCACUUUGCUCUACUUUGUUGUAAACCUUAUGAAAGAGUUAUUGAAUUUUGGCGAUAAAAAUGCAAUCGUUAUAUACGUGUAUGAAUAACAUAGCGAUAAAUAUGUAUAUAUAUUUUUUGUCUCUUUUUUCCUUUGGUUUUGCUUAGGCCUUGAAAGGAGUUGUGUCACAAGAAAAGGGAAAAUGGGAACGGGAGUGUGUAAGUCAAAUUUCUUGGUGCUUUUAAAUACUAUUCAAUUCAUGUUUAUUUUUGUUAGUUUUAGAAUUAUGGGAUUAAGGGAAAGUGAUAGUCGAUCGAACUUCACUUGUGCCUUAAGAAAAGAAAUAAAUUUUCGUUCUCGUUUGAGUAAUUUUAAGGAAAUUUUUCAGUCGUUCCUACGUUUGUGUGAUUUCUGGCUCUUUUUUUAGUCGAAACGCGUCAAGGACAAGGAAAUGGAGAUGCAGGCCAAAAUGUGGCAGAAAGAGGAAAAACUAAGACAACUCAAGGAAAUUGUGCAGGUACGUUGCUUUGUACAACCUGUCUGUGCUUCACCGUGUUCUUUAUCUCGUCACUAUCAGCUAUAUCGGUCCUUGGCAAUUAUUAUUAUUAUUAUUAUUAUUAUUUCAUCUGUUACUUUGUUGUUUGAAAAAAGAGAAAUUCACGCAGGAUUAAAAUUUACAUGGAGAGGAUUAAGUAUAAAUCUCAUUUUUUUCCUCUUCAGAAUAUGAAGACGAAUGACUCGGGUCCUGUUACUCGUGCUCAACUUAAAGCCGCCUCCAUGCCUAGAUCGAAGUCUCCACCGCCUGUUUCCAGAAAGGUAACUCGAUAUUAGUUACGAAAAAUACAUCCAGAUUUGCGCGGUUUGUGUCAUCAUUGAUAAAAAUUUCUCUUCUUCGUGUUUCAGCCUCCGAUCAAAUCUCGUCACAGACGAUCCAAGUCUUCGGAUUGUUGGAUAGAGCACAAACCCUUGACUCACCUAGAAACAGGUACUAGUAGUAUGCGUGAAUGCGAAAAUGUAUAGUUAUGGUAUGGAACACCAGGAUGUGCAAUACUAAACGGGUAACAUAAUACAACAUCCUGGUUCUCUGUUUGGUCUCACCAAAAAUAUAUUCAAUGUCGCCAGUUACAAUGUUAACGAACAGCACGUCUCUGUUUUAGACUACAACCCUUGUCUGUUAACAAAAUUUCUUUCACGUGGCAGGCACAGUAAUGAAACCGUCGAUAAAGAACAAGAAAACCGUUGCCAGGCCUGGUGAGAAGGACUUCAAAGACACUAAUGUACGUACGGUAUCCUUAGUGUCUCUUCAUUCACAAGGCAUACAACCGCCUCUUUAGAAAGUUUUCAGUUCAUGUACACGAAGCAAUUUGUCUUUUUUGUCUCAAUUUCCUCUGGAAAGCCUUUUCUAAUUAGUUUUCUGGAUGCCUUUUUUCCGAAAUUUAAGUAUGACGUGAUUAUCUCCGAUAAGAGCUUUUCCAUCCAAUGUUAAAUUGCUAUGUACUCUGAAAUCUUCUUGCACCUCUAGUUUUUAUUGUUACAUGAUAAGGUAUUUGGAUGUGUUCCUUAUUUGUGUAGGCCACAAACUAUGUUUUAGCCCACCAAGAGGAAGAUUCUGCUGGUGAAAUUGAGACUAAGUUGAUCAAAGUGAGUUAAAACUUUUCUAUGGAAGACUUCAUUUGAACCACUUGCUUAAUUUUUCGAAUUUUUUCAUGUGUUACCGUUUUCAUUCCUUAGAAUAGAUCAAGUAACCUUUUUUGAUUGAAACAAAGGAAGGGGUCACUUCACUUACAUGUACUGUAAUCGUAAACCCUUGUUGCCAUAUGUUCGUCUGGAUCGCCCCGGUUAUUCCAAGUUAUGCUCAGGAAAUCAGAAAGUUUGUGUGUCGAAAUCAGGCCAAUGACCACCAACGAUACGGAGGAUUGGUGCAACCACCAUUCCCUGGAAAGACCUUAUUUUUUUCUCAUGCUGGUUUCAUACAUUUUCCGUGGUCUUCCGAGUCAUAUAGGAAACCAGGGCGAUCGGUAGGAUGCGAGCGAUCAUAUGGAAAGCAGACGUGAAUGCUGGUAGAACGCCUAUUAAUUGAAAUUCGUAACAUCAGACUAAACUAAUCACAACUGCAGUCAGAACAAAAGUAUAUGUCACAGGAAGCCAAUUAGAACUAAAACAAAACCAGUGUUAUCGCCCUAAGUGCGGGAAAAUACGAGUACAAGUCUAUUAGUUUAUUAAGGUUUGCAUAUCAUAAAUUGAGAUUAUAGCAAUGUUGAUAUUUAUCUCCUUCAAUUAAUUGCUUGUCAAGUACGACGAGCUCCUUACACGAGUGUAACUAAACUGCAGGGAGACGUGUACAAGACUGUGGGAGGAGGUCACUGCAUCCAGUUUACAGAGGUGGAAACUUUGAAAACAAGAUCUGACGAGCUAACUAGUCCGGGACGGUAAGUGCAACAAGCUGUGUUUUGUUGAUAAAGACGAGGACUCUGCCGAAACUUUUUUAAAUCAAGGGACCCUUUAUACAAAUAAAUGAGACGGAUGUAGAAUUGGCAGGGUGGAACUGCAAUGGAUUACUUUGUCGCUUGAUAUUGUUUCUGACUCUCACAUUGACUACCUGUGAAAGAUCACGGACGCGGAAUCUUGAAGACGAAAUUCGUGAGGGUAACUAACGAUGGAUUAGUGUCACAACCAGAGGAGUAGUCACAAUACUUCUCUCAAUAUCCUACCUGAGUCCGGAAUACUUUGACCCAAGGCUUGGCAGUGGAGUGAUACAUGAUUCUGUCUUAUAUUUCUUGGAUAAUUUACCUUAAUUUACAUAUUUUUUGUGAACAGAAAACGACACGCGUCUGACUCGAUCGAUGAUGAGAGCCAUUCCAGCUGGACUGAUGUGGAAACAAGGGUAGGAGACCAAUUGAUGGGUCUUCAUUUCUCCCUCGUUUAAAGUCAUUCUAAACGCAAGGAUACUCAACAAACUUUGCUUUUUUUAUUUCAGUGUUCAACGGCAAUCGAAGGCAGACCUGGGACUGGACCCAGUUAUUGUCACACUGCAGCUAAGUAA